AUGGACAUUUUUAGAGUACUAACUAGAGGUGCAGCUAUCAACAAAAAUGUUGCUGGUGUCAGCAAAGGUAACUCCGUAGAUUACAGUAAAGUGGAUGAAACUAAGAUUGAAUCUAGUGAAAGACAGGAGCAUCGGAUGACUAAAGAACUGGACUUUUUUCGUAAUAAAAAAAUUAUCCAUAAAGUCAACGAUUUAAAGAAAAAAGACUCCGAUAAUGUCAAUGAUAAUUCCGAUGAUGAAAAAAACAAAGAUAAAAAUGAGGAUGAUGAUGUUACUGAAGAUAAUGAUAUUGGACCAAAAAUUACCACCAAGAAAGAGGCUGUAACUUUACGUAAAUCAUACAAGGGUAAUAUAACAGGUGAAGACAUUCCAUUACCAAUUGGAUCGUUCGAAGAUUUAAUUACAAGAUUCUCGUUUGAUAAGAGAUUACUAAAUAAUUUGAUUGAAAACCAAUUUACGGAACCUACGCCAAUUCAAUGUGAGGGUAUUCCUAUGACUUUGAAGAAUAGAGACAUCUUAGCAUGUGCACCAACUGGUUCUGGUAAGACGUUGGCUUUCCUAAUCCCUCUAUUACAACAGAUCAUUAAUGAUAAAGAAACAAUCGGAUUAAAGGGGUUGAUAAUAUCACCUACUAAGGAACUAGCCAAUCAGAUAUUUAUUGAAUCUAUCAAGCUAGCUAGUAGAAUAUAUUUGGAUAAAAAGAGACCAUUACAAAUUGCAUUACUUUCUAAAUCCUUAAGUAUGAAGUUAAAGAAUAAAAUCAUCAGCGACAAGAAAUAUGAUCUUAUCAUUUCCACACCAUUAAGAUUAAUUGAUGUAAUGAAAUCAGAAUCUCUAGAUUUAUCUAACUUAAAGAAUAUAAUCUUUGAUGAGGCUGAUAAAUUAUUUGACAAGACUUUUGUAGAACAAUCCGAUGCAAUUUUAGGCCUUUGUAACACUAAGAAUCUACGUAAAUCUAUGUUUUCUGCCACAAUUCCUUCGAGUGUCGAAGAGAUUGCCAAUAGCAUCAUGUUGGAUCCGAUUAGAAUCAUCAUUGGUCAUAAAGAAGCUGCCAACUCCAAUAUUGAACAAAAACUGGUCUAUUGUGGUAAUGAAGAAGGUAAAUUGAUUGCAAUCAGACAACUCGUACAGGAAGGAGAAUUCAAGCCUCCUAUAAUAAUCUUCUUAGAAUCGAUUACAAGAGCCAAAGCUUUAUAUCAUGAAUUGAUGUAUGAUAAAAUGAAUGUUGAUGUUAUUCAUGCUGAAAGAACGCCUACACAGAGAGAAAAGAUUAUUGAAAGAUUCAAGUCUGGUGAAUUGUGGUGUUUGAUCUGUACAGAUGUGUUAGCCCGUGGUAUUGAUUUCAAAGGUGUUAAUUUAGUCAUCAAUUAUGAUGUUCCUCGAACUGCACAAGCAUAUGUUCAUAGAAUUGGUAGAACUGGUAGAGGUGGUCGUUCUGGUAAGGCUAUUACUCUUUAUACCAAACUAGACUCUAUUGCUAUUAAACCUAUAAUUAACGUUAUGAAGCAAAGUGGUUGUGAAGUAUCUGAGUGGAUGGACAAAAUAUCAAAGUUGACAAAGAAGGAGAAACAACAAUUGAAGAGGGGUAAAGGUAAAGAUGAAAGAAAGCAAAUCAGUACAGUUCCUAGAGUAGACCGUUUGAAGAGAGCACGUAAACAAGAAAUGAUCGAAGGAUCUAAGAGAAGAAUGUAUAAAGAGGCUCACAAAGAAACUGAAGUUUCAGAACAGGACUAA